CAGCCUAAUGGUUUCAUAUUGAGAAAGAGUUAAGCAAGAUUACUCAAACACAAGAUAUGAGUAUACAAGAUUUUUACACCAAAUUGAAAGGGAUUGGGAUGAGCUAGAUGUUCUUAAUCUUGUGGUGACCUGCAACUGUACUAGUUGUGAGUGCGACCUUUCUUUGAAAGUUUCUAAAAGCCAAAACAACAGAAGGCUAAUAAAAUUUUUGAUGAAACUCAACAAUAUGUAUCAUCAAACAAGGAGCAACAUAUUGAUGAUAAAGCCUAUCCCCACAGCAGCAGAAGCAUAUGGGAUUCUCCUACAAAAGCAAGUUCAUCAAGAAAUUAGUAAGAGUAUUGUUCUUGAUGAUCAAGAUUAUGUGACUUGUAGAGUUGAAAAAACAAAGUCUUAUGAUAAUAAAAUUAAAGGGAGAGUAAAACACUCAGGAACCAAGAGAUAAAACAAUUUCUACUUUGACCAUUACAAGAUCUCUGGACACACUCAAGAUUGAUGCAGGAAAAUUCAUGGGUAUCACCCAAAAUUCAAGAACACAUGAACAAAGGAUGGCAAGAUUGCAUCAAAUGUAUCUAAUUCUGAACAUAUCAGCAUUGAUAAUACUAAUACUGUUGGUGAAUCAAGACUUAAUGAUGAGCAAGUAGCUCAAAUUCUUUCUUUAUUAAACAAGUCCAAUGUACAAAAUGAAAGCAAGGAGCCUUCAAUUCACACCUCUGCACAUUUGGCUGGAAUCUUUCAUGAAGAAGCCUUUGCUUCUUGGUAGGGCAAAGAAUGCACUCUACUUCCUUCAAGACUUCACUGUCACAGAAUGUUCUAACAAAGGAACCAAUUACAAACAUCAUAAUCAAGUAGCAACAACCUACAAUGUUGAUCCUCCAAAUAGUAAUGAUGCAAGACUUUGGCAUCUAAGAAUGGGACAUUUGCCAUUCCAACAAUUGUAUUUUUUGUUUCCUGAUCUAAAGAUCAAGGCCAUUCAUAAAGAAUGUUUCUGUACUAUUUUUCCUUUAGCCAAGGAUAGGCUAGGGACCGUUUCCCCAAAAGCAUAAUAAGAACAGUUGAGAUUUUCAAUUGCUACACAUUGAUAUAUGGGGGCCUUUAAGGCAUAACUCUAGAAUAAAUUGUAAAAGUUUCAUCACAAUUGUUGAUGAUUACU